AGGUGGAUGAGCUCGGGGAUGGAUUGGUGAUGCCUGCCUGGCUCUGGUAUAUAGGGCUGUGCACUGGGUGGAUCAGUGAUCACAGAAGGCUGGUGCAAUGACGACCCCCCCAGAGAACCCCUCCACCACCCGCUUCCAGGAAUAUCUGAGGAUCCGCAGUAUCCAGCCAGAGCCCGACUACGAUGGAAUCAAACGCUUUCUGUUCAAGAUGGCGGAAGAGAUCGGACUGGAGAGCAGAAUAUUGGAGUUUGUUCCGGGGAAGCCGAUCAUCAUCCUCACCUGGACGGGGACAAAGCCUCAUCUCAAGUCGGUGAUCCUGAAUUCUCACACGGACGUGGUCCCUGUGUUUGAGGAGUUCUGGACCCAUCCCCCAUUCUCUGCCCACAAAGAUAAAGAUGGAAAUAUCUAUGCAAGAGGGACGCAGGACAUGAAAUCCGUCACCAUCCAGUAUCUGGAAGCCAUCCGCCAGCUGAAGGCUGAGGGAGUUCGAUUCCCACGUACCAUUCACCUGACGAUGGUCCCAGAUGAAGAAAUUGGGGGUCACACCGGGAUGGAGAUCUUUGCAGAGCACCCCGAGUUCCGAGCACUGAACCCCGGAAUUACCCUCGAUGAAGGUCUUGCGAACCCCUCAGAGGAAUUCAGUGUAUUUUACGGAGAGAAGUGUGUAUGGUGGAUAACCGUCCAUUGCAGAGGAGACCCCGGACACGGCUCUCGAUUCAUAGAGAACACCGCCGCCUCUAAACUUCAUUCUAUCAUCAAUAGUUUUCUGGAACUCCGAGAGAAGGAGAAGAAAAGGUUGCAGUCUAAUCCCCAACUCUCUCUCGGAGACGUCACCACAGUCAACAUGACCAAAGUGAACGGAGGGGUCUCCUGCAACGUGAUUCCCACCGACAUGUCGGCGACCUUUGACCUUCGAAUCCCUCCUACUGUCAACUUACAGGAGUUUGAGGCAAAGAUGGAGGGGUGGUGUCGUGCGGCUGGUGAUCAGGUGACCUGGGAGUACCACCAGAAAUGUAUGAACGAGAGGAUCACCACCCCGAACGACACAAAUCCUUGGUGGAAAGCGUUCAGUGACCCCUGCAAGGAGCUGGGUUUGAAGCUGAAGCCGGAGAUUUUUCCUGCUGCCACAGACAGUCGUUACGUCCGGACUGCCGGUUACGAUGCCCUCGGCUUCUCCCCAAUGAAUAACACCCCCAUCUUGCUGCACGAUCACAACGAAUACUUGAACGAGGGCGUCUUCCUGCGCGGGAUCGAGAUUUACAAACGCAUCAUCCCGUCUCUGGCCAGCGUGCCCACACUGGAUGGAGAACACUAGAGGCCAAAGAAUCAACAGUGACGAUGGCUUUGACAAAAUGGCCGCACUCAGGGACUCGGCACCAACCCCCAAGGACAAAGGUGGUGACUAUUUUUAGCAAAACCAAAUCUGAACUCAGGGCAAUAAAAUACCUCCUAGCCGCUCUUUCCAUCGUUCUUUGGAUGUUCCCCCCAAUCCCGAGUGUCCGCUUCGCCUCGAAGGACCAUCCAAAAUAAAGUAUAAUUGGGUUCAUGUAAAAGAUGGAUAAUGAGAUUCGUGGGUUAGAAUGUAAACGUCCAAUGACAAUUAAGAACUAUAAGUCUGAAAAA